CCCACACUCAAAAGCCAGAGUUUGAAUAUGUCCCCUCUCCUUUGUAGAUAGAAAGAGGAAAAAUAAAAAAAGGAGGCUUUUUAAUUACCUUUUUUUCUCUUCUGAAUACAAGUGAUUUUCUCACACACUACCGAGUAUCAUGGGGUUUGAUGGCUUUAACGACCUUUAUUUAGCUAUUGGCCAAGUAGGAGAAAUGCUAGCUGUGGCUUGAUAUUCUGUUUUUGCUACUUUAUCCAACCUAGGAGCUGAGAAGGGGGAAGAAUUCGAUAUCAUGGCAAAUUCUAAGCUGCAAGCAAUUUGGAACCACCCAGCAGGCCCAAAAACUAUUCAUUUUUGGGCCCCAACUUUCAAAUGGGGUCUAACCAUUGCAAAUAUUCUUGACUCCUCAAAACCACCCGAGGACUUAUCCUAUGCUCAGCAAUCAGUCCUUGCAUGCAGUGGACUUAUAUGGGCAAGAUACAGCACAUUAAUUAAACCAAAGAACUGGAAUCUUGUCAGUGUCAAUCUUGGGAUGUCUCUAACUGCCCUGUUUCAACUGUCACGUAAAAUUCAGCAUGACUCAUCUGUCAAAAACCAGCAAGCUGCUGCAGAAGAAGAAUAAAGACAAUUUCACUUCAACUUAUUGUAUAUUAACUUGGCAUGCUGGUUUCUAGCUAGACAGACUCUUGUUCUAGUCAUGUAAAAUUAUUAUUACUUAGAGUAAAGCAUAAUCUUUCUCAUGGAUUAUUGUUGGAUUAUGUUUGAACCUCACAGUUCAAUUGAGGCCGAUGAAAAAUUUAACCUCAUCGAUCGCUUCUUUCUCCCAGACCUACU